CGGCAUUAAGAGUAAAUUAGCAAAGGUUUAUGGUACUCUAUGAGUUGCGAACGGCGAAUACCACAGCCGUGGUCAUAAUUAUUUUGUUUCGGUAUAACUGUUUUCGCCCAGCUGUGUUCUGUUUUUUCGACAAGAAUGACGAAAAUGCACAACAGAACGAAGAGAGAAUGUCAAUGAUGGGAUGGGAAGCCUGCUUGUAGGGCAGCGAAACAGGACUUCUAAAUUGCGUGUUGUGUAAAACGGUAUUCGCGGUGGUAAUUGUGAGGAUAGACAAUGUACGACAUAAUUCCUGUAGAAUAACCAAUUUAAAUCUAUCGAUUUUUCUAUUUCAUCGAUUAAAAAAGUGUACUCCUGGAAUGGAAAAAGAACAGCUGAUGCUGCAAAUGAAUGUAGAGUGUUGUACAUAAAUACAAUGUUCCGUUUAUCAUAGUAUUUAAACGCAUCCUUAAACAAACGCAAGAAGGAUGUAAUUACAUAUAGCACCUAUUUUGACAGUCAUAUCAGUAUUACCUAUCAGAAGUAUUUAAAACAAAGUGGAGUGAUUCUCUAUCGUAGAGAAUAUGGAAGAAGUUAGCAGACUUGUGUUCCAUCGGAGCGAAAUAUGCUUAUAUUAUGCAGUGUACUUUGCAUAUCUUUUAUAUGGCCUAUGGACUUUAUUCAGCCUGCGUGACGAAUUGCAACAUAAGGCAGGAUAUAUACGGGAUCCGUACAACUAUGAGUUGGACAUUUUUAACAAUUAUAUUCAGUUAAAUUGGCACUGGUACUUGGCACAUGCUGUAAUAACUACAGUUUCGCGAUUCGUUUUAACUAAAGAAAAUAUGGGUAUCUCCUUUGCCUGUGUGUCUCUUACAUCUUUAUUAAUCAGCCUGCCGUGGAAAAUGUUUUUGUUUGUUGUCAUAUUGCUGAUUAUAUUCUAUUUAGUAUCACGUAUUGGGAGCAGAGUGAUAGUGUGGUGUAUAACCGCGUUAUGGGUUUCAGUUCUUAAUAUUUUAGCAAUUUAUUUUAUUAAUCCGGCAGAUGAUAACCACAGUUUUUAUAUUUUUAGUGUUAUACUAUUUUGGAUGUUGUUGCGCUGUUGUAGUUUUGCACAUUAUUGUGUAGAUUCCAAAUUUUCUAAAGAUAAAUUAUUGGGAGAAGCUACUGUCACUGAUUUUCUGGGAUAUACUCUUUAUUUUCCGACAUUAGUGAAUGGGCCAUUUCUAGAUUACAAAAGAUAUAUUAUACUCUUACAAAAACCAAGCUUGCCAGGGUUCAGUUACGAUAUAAAGACUUUGGUGUAUGAAUUGGUACGAAUUUUUUUUUGGUGGUUGGCUCUAGAACUUGGCAUGCGUUGCUUGUUCGUACAUUAUAUGUCAAUGGAAAUUAAAACAGCAAAACUUGUUAAGUCGCCUUUUGGAAGGCACGCCAUCGGAUACUUUUUGGGACAAUUUUUUUUCCUAACAUAUUUCGUAAAAUAUGGUCUAGGAAUAGCUUUCGCCCAAUAUGACGGAAUGAAACCACCUAACAAACCACAGUGCAUUGGUCACGUUCAUUAUUAUUCGAAUAUGUGGAAGCAUUUUGAUCAAGGUUUAUAUGAAUUUCUCUUCGACUAUAUUUACCAUCCACUAGUUAAAGCAAAUUGCUCCAAAUUUGUAUCAACUGUACUUACUUUUGCAUUUGUAUUUAUGUGGCACGGAUGUCAGACCGACAUACUUGUUUGGACAGUAAUGAAUUUCUGGUGUUUGAUUGUGGAGAAAAUGUUAAAAAAUUGUAUGCGCUCCUUACAUUAUCGUAAGUGGGUGGAAAUAAAUUUUGGGCUUUCAACCGCACAACGCUUUAAGGCAAUCGUAUUUAGUCAGCUUUUCAUCGUUGCAGCCUUUUCCAACAUUUUCUUUAUUGGGAGUCCCAAAAUGGGUGUGUUUUUAAUCAUGAAUGCAUACGGAAAUGGAUUUUUAAAUUAUUUGAUAUUAUCGUUUUGUUGCUACUGUUUCUUUCAAUGCUCCGAAUUAAUUUCUAUGAAACUUUGGAAUAGGAAUGUAAAAAAUAGAACUAAAAUCAAAAGUAAUUAAUAAUAUAUUAAGAAUAUUGUAAA